AUGCAUUGGCUCGCGUGGCGGAAGCUGUGUCGACAUAAAACUGACGGGGGACUGGGAUUUAGGGUAAUAGAAGAUUUUAACACAGCGCUACUCGCAAAACAGUUAUGGCGCCUAAUGGAUAACCCGGAUUCCCUGUUUGCUAAAGUUUUCAAGGGGAGAUAUUUUCGGAACUCAACCCCCUUGGACCCAAUUCGCUCUUACUCUCCAUCUUAUGGAUGGCAGAGUAUCGUUUCAGCUCGACCUCUGGUAUGCAAAGGACUUAUUAAAAGAGUUGGUUCAGGUUCAUCUAUAUCUGUAUGGUAUGACCCCUGGAUUUCCGAUUCUUGCCCGAGGCCAGCUAUCUGUAAAGGAAUUAAUUACUACCCACACCUCACGGUGAAUCAGUUAAUUAAUUCCCAGACCUCAACGUGGAAUCGACCACUAUUGCAACAAUUUUUUGAGAGUGAGGAAAUCACUCGCAUUACGGGUAUACCAGUGGCUACUGGAUAUAAACCCGAUACCUGGGGCUGGUUUUAUACAACAACGGGUCGGUAUACGGUUAAAUCGGGAUAUACUGUGCUACAGGAGCUUUCCGAUGAGGGGACACUACCAGUCUUUGGACCGGACACUCGGAGAUUGCAAGCGCAAUCCUGGAAGGUUAAAUGCACCACAAAACUCCAACAUUUUCUCUGGCAAAUUAUUACCGGAUGUUUAUCGGUUGGCGCACGUUUAUGUAGUCGGGGAAUGCGUGUGGACCCACUGUGCGUGAGAUGUGGUAUGGGAGAUGAGACUAUCAAUCAUAUGCUCUUUGAGUGUCCCCCGGCCCGACAGGCCUGGGCACUCUCUCCCAUACCUACGCCUCCCCAGUUUUUUCCUACGGGAGCACUGUACUCAAAUAUGGCACAUCUAUUCUGGAACCUCCCAGACAAUGAUGACAUGUUGAUGUAUCCAUGGUUACUCUGGUUUAUUUGGAAAGCUCGUAAUUACAAAGUUUUCUCAAAUGAUGAUCAAAAUCCGCAGGAAGUAAUGGAAUCUGCGAUAACGGAAUCCCGGGCAUGGGUAGCAGCACAAACGGUAGCAGACGGAGUAUCCAAUAGUAUCUCCAUCAACUCCGGCCACGUCCCACCGGGAGAGUGGUGUCAGAUUGAUGGAGCGUGGAAAGUGACAGACAGUCGGGCUGGACUUGGAUGGUACAAUUUUGACCCGGAUUCGGGCUCUGUCCUGAUGGGGUCUAGCAACCUACGGCGGGGUUUAUCUCCUCUUCAAACAGAAUUGGAGGCAUUGGUUUGGGCUAUGCAAAGUAUGCUAGUCCAUAACAAACGACGGAUGAAUUUCCAAACAGAUAGCGCUCAGUUGGUGAAGAUGGUGUCCAAACCUGCCGAGUGGCCAGCUUUUGCGAUCUUGCUUGAAGAAGUGGAGCAUUGUAGAGGGAUGUUCCAGGCGUUCUCCCUCACAUACAUUCCCAGAACGAAGAACACAAGGGCAGACAAGCUAGCACGGAGUGCUCGAGCUCAGCCCCAUGAUGUGUAUUACAUAAACUCAGUUCCCCCGAUUCCGCUUCCCGGACCGGUAUAG